AUGGGGGCAGCAGCACGUGGUUCUAUGGGCAUUGUGUCCCUAAUUCUGAUUGCCGUGUCAAUCCUCUUCAUGUUUUUUGUCAUUCUCAGUGGUGUUUCCCACAGGACACCCUUCGAUAAGACCUAUUUCUUGAAAGCAGAUACCUCAAAGAUUCCCGGCGCUCGCUCCAUAUCGCAAUGGACGUAUUUCUAUGUAUGCGGUGAAGGUAAUAACAACUGCGGUUCGCCCGUACCGGCUCUCCCUGUUGGAUACGCCUGGCUAGGCGGUAGCGCUGAGGCUCCCCAUGGCCUCGUCGGUUCACAUGGAAAGCAUACCACAAGCUUCCAUUACUACUACCUGUGGCGCUUCGGCUGGGUAUUCUACCUACUAGCCCUGUUGACAAUUGUUCUUGCCUUCUUUACCGCAAUCGUCGCUCCAUGCAGCCGUCUCGCAUCCGGAAUAUCCGGCGUGCUCGUUCUGAAUGCCCUCUUCUGGUUCACACUUGCAGCUUCAAUGAUGACUGCCCAGUUUGUCCAAAUGCGCAACGAAUUCCACCACAACGGCCUCAUGGCAAAGCUUGGUAGUUAUGCAUUUGGCUUCACCUGGGCUGCUUGGGCUUGCAUGUUCAUCGCGGCCAUCCUCCUCUUCACCGGCGUUGGACAAAAGUCUCCUCGAAAUGACCCGAGAAGCCCACAAACCGACGGACCUCACCGUGGUGGUUUCUUCCGUCGUGGAGUUGGCAAACGCUCCACUCGAGGUUCCUUUAUCGACAAUGAGAGCCAGAGACGUGUCAAGGACGAGUAUGCCUAG